GGUUUUGAUGUGAGGCAGCAUGCCGAGGACCAGUGGAAGGAUAUAUAUAAAGUGGGAGUGAUAAGUCUUUCCUUUUCCUGUGGGAGCCGCCGGGUUGAGAGGAGCGUGGCCUUCUCCUCUUCCCGUCAUGGCUUGUGCCCGUCCCCUCAUAUCGGUGUACUCUGAAAAGGGGGAAUCGUCUGGCAAGAAUGUCACAUUGCCAGCUGUGUUCAAAGCUCCUAUUCGGCCGGAUAUUGUUAACUUUGUUCACACCAACUUGAGAAAGAACAACAGACAGCCAUAUGCAGUCAGUGAGCUAGCAGGUCAUCAGACCAGUGCUGAGUCUUGGGGAACUGGCAGAGCUGUGGCUCGAAUUCCCAGAGUUCGAGGUGGUGGGACCCACCGUUCUGGCCAGGGUGCCUUUGGAAACAUGUGUCGUGGAGGCCGCAUGUUCGCGCCAACCAAAACCUGGCGUCGUUGGCACCGCAGAGUGAACACAACCCAAAAACGAUACGCCAUCUGUUCUGCUCUGGCUGCCUCAGCCUUGCCAGCUUUGGUAAUGUCUAAAGGUCAUCGCAUUGAGGAAGUUCCUGAGCUGCCUUUGGUGGUUGAAGAUAAGGUUGAAGAUUACAAGAAGACCAAGGAAGCUGUUCAGCUUCUUAAGAAACUUAAAGCUUGGAAUGACAUCAAAAAGGUCUAUGCCUCUCAGAGAAUGAGAGCUGGCAAGGGCAAAAUGAGAAACCGACGCCGAAUCCAGCGCAGGGGGCCCUGCAUCAUCUAUAAUGAAGAUAAUGGUAUCAUCAAGGCUUUCAGGAACAUCCCUGGUAUUACUCUGCUUAACGUGAGCAAGCUCAACAUUCUGAAACUUGCUCCUGGUGGGCAUGUGGGGCGUUUCUGCAUUUGGACUGAGAGUGCUUUCCGCAAGUUGGAUGAGUUGUAUGGGACAUGGCGUAAGGCUGCUUCCCUCAAGAGUAACUAUAACCUUCCCAUGCACAAGAUGAUGAACACAGAUCUUAGCAGAAUCUUGAAAAGCCCAGAGAUCCAAAGAGCCCUCCGAGCACCACGCAAGAAGAUUCAGCGUAGAGUCUUGAAGAAGAAUCCACUGAAGAACCUGAGAAUCAUGUUGAAGCUGAACCCUUAUGCAAAGACUAUGCGCAGGAAUACCAUCCUUCGCCAGGCCAGAAACCACAAACUCCGAGUGAAGAAACUGGAAGCUGCGGCACUGGCAGCCGCAUCUGAGAAGGGGGCUGCAGAUAAGCAGGCUGCAGGAGACAAGAAGGAGAAGAAGCCGAUAGGGAAGAAGCUGAAGAAGCCCGCAGCAAAGAAGGCGGCCCCGGCCAAGAAACCAGCAGCUGAGAAGAAAGCUACCACAGAAGAGAAAAAGCCUGCUGCAUAAACUAUCAACAUUUGUUUCAUUCCAUAAAGCAAAUAGAGACAAGCCUAUUUGAAUAAAAACCUAAUCAAAGAUACAG